UUCUCUAAAUGUUAUAAUUACUUUUAUCAGUAACGUAUUUUUUCUUUGUCUCUCUUCCAGAUGAAAAUACACCUGGACCAGACCUGGACCAGUCCUUCUGUGUCUCUUUCCUGGCCCCCAAACCAGCUGGUUGCGGCAGAUGGCCGCCUGUCCUGGUCCUGGUCCUGGUCCUGGUCCUGGUUCUGGUUCUGGUUGACUGUGAUGAAGUGAAGACUCUUUAGAUUGGUUGUUUUUGAGCAGAGACCUGAGACAACGAUUGCUGGGACUUGGGGGAUGGAAUCAGCCAUGGAGCCUUUUCUUGAAUGUUCUCUGGUACUGGGACAGGUCCUAGAGGAACUGGACUCCAGGCACAGCACCAUGACCUACCAGGAUCUGUGCAGGUUUCUUUGUACCCGCUUUGACCUGGUCCACCUGGCCAAGGUUCGAAGCCUACUGUUCUACACAGCCUGCCUGGACCCAGCCUUCCCAGCCAGCCUCUUUAAGGACAAGAUGCAACACUCCCCUGAGAACCUGCUGUCCAAGAAACUGAUGGUAGCAGCUGACGUUGUCACCAUGUUUAACCUGAUCCAGAUGAACGGGGAACGAGCUAAAGAGCAGCUUUCAGCGUUGCUCAGAGUCCAGAUCUCCAAGCACCAGUCCAUGGAGCUGAGCACAUCUGACCUUGAGUCCAGGACCCAUCAGGACAAUGACAGGAGGACUGCUUAUAAACACAUGGAUUACCCUCCAGAUGGACACCAUAAGCAGCCCCCCCAGCAUCUCCUCAACCUCCAGGCUGCCUCUUCUGCUCUGAAAGCAUCAGAGAAAACCACCUGUCAGCUCGUUCCCAUGUCAGAUCCAAACUUCUUUCUGCGCUUCAACAGACCUCACCAUCUGCCUCAGGUCCACAGCAGCAGUCCCACCUCCAGACCCAGUGAAACCCAGACCACCUACUAUCCCAUGGAGACCACCACGUAUCAGGAGUCUCUGCAGCACAGUCCCCAUCCUGAAGGAUUUUCUGUUCCACCCUGUUCUCAGAAGAGAAGCAUUUUCAAGGAAGACUUCCACAACUUUGUAGCCUUCUCACCACAGGUUACCAGCAGUGACUCCAGGCAGCGCAGUAAGGCUGCUGACAGCUUCCACAGGAGGGACUUCCACAAACCUUCUACCUUCUUCAACCACAGCUUUGAGAUCCCCCACAGGAAGCCAGACUUUGAAGCAGAACUCAGAUCACCAGGUCACCACAAGCUGAGGGUGAAACAUGAAAGCCUGGAUGACUUACAGGCAUCAACAUACUUCGGUCCCAGCACUACGUGGGAGCAGGGCAGCAGCAAGAGGCCCAGGAACAGAGCAGUGUGGCUGAACACAGAGGAGGAACCAGCUCCUGGUCUGCAGGACAGCAUCAGUCUGAUCACUACCAGCGGUCAGCAGCAUCUCUCUGCUCUAAAGGACAAAGCUGUAAAGUCUCCUGCUUUUGCAACAACAGGURAUGGAAUAAAAAGUGAUGUUGCUCUGCGGGGAAGACAUGAUGCAGGUUCAGACAAACAAGGAGCACUGAAGAAGUUUAGGGACAAACAUGUCCACGGUGCAUCGUUUCAAGCAGACGUGUCAUCCAGCGUUGGAACUCAGACUGAGCCUGGCGACAGGAAGAAGGGGAGGGACCAUCCCUUUAAGCACAGCCACAGAGACAGACACACACUGAAACACUCCCAGGACGACUCUGAGCUCAUUAGUGAUGACAUCAGUGACAUUUUCCGUUUUCUGGAUGAUAUGAGUGUUUGUGAGUCUCUGGGUGUUGUCCAGUCGUCGUGUCACAACAGUAACGGCUCUCUCUCUCAGGGAACUCUGAGGUCUGAAGAUGAAAGCUCACCUGAACACACCACAGUCAGACUGGCCAAGUCCAAACUGGACCAGCUCUUCCAUUCUUUGGAAAGCCCAGAUGAAGAGUUGAAACUGAGCGUGUGGAAGCUGGUGAUGAGGAUUGGUGAGAUUGAGAAAAAGCUCGAGUCUYUGUCUGGAGUUCACAGUGAGAUGUCCCARGUCCUGUCCAAGCUCCACAAACUGGAUGACCAGAACCAGCAGCCUGAGGCCCAGCACACAGGGAGGACAUCAGCUGCAGCAGACGCACCACAGCUUUCCCCUCGUCUACACUGUGGCACCAGCCCGACGCCACAUGUUUUCCAGUGCCACACUACAGGUCACACUGUCAGGAAGAAGCAGGGUGCAGGGGACCGGGACCGGGGCCAGUUAGAGGACAGUGACAGCCUCCGGACCAAGGCUCUGAAGAGGAGCAUGUUUACCAGGAGGUCGUCUCGCUCGCUCAAUGAGGAGAGCAGUGCCACGGAGUCGAAGGUGGYCAGCAUCAGCAGCUCCCCCUGCAGCUGGAGGUCCCAAUCCCACCCCCUCUACCCUGGAGACCCCCUCAAAGACCAGGAGCCAGAGUACAAGGACCACAACCGGAGAGCCAUACAGGGAGACAGGAAGGGUCAGUAUGAGACCUCCCAGACCCAGAGGCCAACAAAGACUGAGCAGGUCUUUGUUCCGUACACACUCAGCCAGCCCACCCAGGCCCACCUAAAAGGCAGUCACCUGUACACCAACAUGAAGGUCAGCAGCCUGUCRGAGGAGAAGCACAGCCAGCCCUCCUGGACCCUCACAGAGUACUCCCACCAUCCAGGAGACAGGAGGAAACCUCUGUCUGCUCUGGACCUGCAGCUGGACUCACUCCUGGACUCACACCUGGACUCAUGAAGGACUCACACCUGGACUCACUCCUGGACUCAUGAAGGACUCACACCUGGACCCAUGCAGCCCACUUCAGGACACACUAACAGGUUGGGUCUGGUCCAGGUUCUGUAGGGUUAUUGGAACCUGUCAGUUUCUCUGUGAACAGGUUGUCUUCAUCUGUACAGAAACAGCUUCAAGCUGUUAUGACUUAUUAACUUAUUAACUUAUUGACUUAAUAACUUGUUAACUUAUUAACUUAUUAUAGCAACAGGUUAUGAUUGUUUUUAUUUCCUCUGAAUAAUUAAACAGAGUAAAUGAGUAGAAA